AUGAAAAAGGAAAGAGAACGAAUCAUACAGAACAGGAAGAUUAAAGGAAAAGCAGAAGAAAAACUAAAGAUGAUCAAAGAAGCCAAUGCACGGAGAAAGAAAGAAGCAGAUAAAUUAGAAGAGAUGGUACCUGGUAUACCAGAAGAAACUGUUCAAGAUAUGCCAGAAGAAAAGAAGGAACCUGAGAUUCCAUUUGUUUUACCGAAGAACAGGAAGAGAGGGGCAGCAAAGCCACUUCACGAAGAGGCUAUUGAAGAAAAAGCCAAAACACACCUUAGAAAAGACAAAAACAAAGACAUAGUACUCCCUAUUAAUGCCAAAAAGGCAAGGAAGAAGCUCAAGCCAACCCCAAAAAAGAAAUAA